GCCUGUAUUGCGGUCAAUUUUUUCCAGCUCUCAUCAUGGCGCCUAUCAAGCGCAAGGGCAAUUCUGGCCCGGAAACGGCUGCCCGUCAGCCCCAGAAACGGGCGAGAGUUGGCGAUGAUGAGCAGAAGAAAGAUCAAAAGAAGCAGAAUGUCAAAGCUUCAGAGAAGCGGACGGAGGAACAGCCGCCCAAGCCAAAGGCUUCCGAAUUGUCCAUUCUGCGCGACGAUGAGCCAACAUUUCCCCGUGGUGGUGCCAGCGUUCUUACGCCCUUAGAACGGAAGCAGAUUCAGAUCCAAGCCACAAGGGAUGUGCUCUUCGAGCAGAAAGGAGGCAAGCCCUCGACCUUCGAUGAGGAUGAUGAAGAUGUUGCAAUGGAGGAUUCUGGUGAAGCUGCAACUGCAACCAAGAAGAAAUCUCGGAAGAGCAAGACAAAAAGCAAGAAGUCGGAAACACAAACCGACGAUAAGCAGGCCGUCAAGAUCGAGUCACUCAGCUUCAAGCGUAUUGUACCUGGAUCCAUGAUUCUAGGUCAGGUCUCGAGCGUAAAUGCAAACGAUAUCGGUCUCGCUCUGCCGAACAACCUGACUGGUUAUGCCCCUCUGACUGCCAUUUCCCGAACGCUAGACCGAAAGAUUGAGAACUUGCUCAAGGAAGAUGCAAGUGAAGAGGAGGAGGAAGAAGACGAUGAAGAUACGGUGGACUUGAGAGCAUACUUCCGUUUGGGGCAAUACCUCCGGGCAUAUGUCACUUCUGCUGCAAGCGGGGCUGAUACUUCUACCAAGAACAAAAAGAAGAUCGAGUUGUCUGUUGAUCCAAGACAGGCCAAUUCCGGUCUUUCAAAGUCCGACCUGGUUGUGAAUACGGUGGUCCAAGCUUCAGUCGUGAGCGUGGAAGAUCAUGGUCUCGUAAUGGACCUGGGUAUCGAGGGUGCCGACAUCAAGGGUUUCAUGUCGUCCAAGGAGGUUGACCCUGAAGUCGAAUACUCGAGCAUCAAAGAGGGCGCUGUCUUUUUGUGCGUUGUGACAGGACACAACGCCAGUGGAAAUGUUGUGAAGCUGUCUGGCAAUCUUCAAACUGCAGGCUCAAUAAAAAAGGCCCACUACCUGAGCUCGGCGCCCACAAUAAACUCCUUCCUGCCAGGGACUGCUGCGGAGAUCCUUCUUACGGAUGUGUCUGAGAACGGAAUGAUUGGAAAGAUCAUGGGAGUGCUAGACGCUACAGUCGACCUGGUACAUUCCGGUGCGAACUCGGGGAAGGAAGACUUGACAAAGAAAUUCCACACAGGUGCCAAGAUCAAGGGUCGUCUUCUCUCAACCUUCCCAGCUGCGGAGCCGUUCAAACUGGGCUUCUCCAUCCUGGACCAUGUCCUCAAGUUCGCUACUACGGGUCGUGGCUCCAGUCCAACGAAGGAUGGGCCCGCGAUCUCUGCGGUCAUCCCCGAAACGAAAGUUGUCAAGGUGGAACCCGGUCUCGGAGUAUACGUUGAACUUGGGUCAUCCAAGAAUCUUGGUUUCGUACACAUCUCCAAGCUCUCAGAUGGCAAGGUGGAGAGUAUAUCUGCCGAGCAGGGCCCUUUCAGAGUCGGUUCUACGCACGAAGCGAGAGUUGUUGGUUACAAUUCAUUGGAUAAUCUCUAUCUCCUUUCUUUCGAAAGAACUGUCAUCGACCAGCCGUUCCUCCGUCUUGAAGAUGUGACUGUCGGUGCCGUUGUGAAGGGAAAGAUCGAGAAGCUGCUUAUCGGUCCCACCGGUAUCGACGGCUUAAUUGUGUCCCUAGCGGACGGUAUCAGCGGUCUCGUACCGUCCAUGCACUUUGCCGACGCACAGCUGCAGCAUCCCGAAAAGAAGUUCCGAGAAGGCAUGACGGUUUCCGUGAGGAUUCUCUCCGUUAACCUGGAGAGACGUCAGAUCAGGUUGACUCUGAAAAAGAGUCUCUUGAACAGCGAGUCAGCGAUCUGGAAAGACUACGGUGAUAUUGUUCCAGGCGCCCAGUCUCCAGGAACCAUCGUCAGUAUCCAGUCCCAUGGUGCCGUCGUGCAGUUCUACGGCUCCGUCCGUGGUUUCCUUCCUGUCUCGGAGAUGAGCGAAGCUUAUAUCAAGGAUCCUUCGCAACACUUCAGACAAGGCCAGGUAGUCAACGUUCACGCUCUCAGUGUGGAUGCAGCUCUUGGGAAAUUGGCUGUCUCUUGCAAGGACCCGACGACGUCCUCUGACAGCUACAGGAAAGCUUUUGAAGAUCUCCAUCCUGGGCACCUUGUAACGGGUACCGUGUUCGAAAAAUCUAACGAUGACAUGCUUCUGAAGCUGGAGGACUCUGGUCUUAUUGCCCGCUUGGAGGCACAGCAUCUGGUUGACGGCUCCAUCUCAAAACAGAGUUCUGCUCUUUCCAAAGUUAGGGUUGGCCAGAAACUGAACGACUUGCUUGUCUUGGAUAUACAGAGAGCACACCGUCUGAUCAAGGUGACAAGCAAGCCUAGCCUGAAGAAAGCUCUGAAGGAGGGAUCCCUACCCGGGAAAUUCGAAGACAUUCAAGAAGGUGCACAAGUCACCGGUUUCGUCAGAAAUAUCACUCCAGAUGGCGUUUUUGUCGAAUUCCUCGGCGGUCUCACCGGACUCAUUCCAAAACGCCUUGUGAACGAUGAGCGUGUCAACACAGUGGAUUUCGGAAUGAUCAAAUCAGAGCCAAUCUCUGCUACUGUUCAUUCGAUUGAUCCUGACUUGCGGAGGUUCAUAUUGAGUAUGAAACCUAGCGAAGCUACCCGUGCGGUUCCAAAAGAGCGGAAAGAAAAGGGACCUACUCGUUCUGAGGAUGUUACAAACCCUGUUGAUGGUGAUAUCAAGACUGUAUCGGACUUCACUGAUGGACGGAUCACGAAGUGCAAGAUCGUUUCUAUCAAGGAAACACAGAUCAACGUCCAACUAGCAGAUAACAUCCAAGGACGGAUCGAUGUCUCUGAGGUUUUCGAUAAGUGGGAGGAUAUCAAGGACCGUAAACGCCCUCUCCGCUUCUUCCGUGUGAAGCAAGAGUUGCCUGUAAAGGUCCUGGGCAUUCAUGAUGCUCGCAGUCACAAGUUCUUGCCUAUCAGUCAUCGUACUGGCAAGUUCCCAGUCUUUGAGCUCUCUGCGAAAGAGAGCUUCCUGAAGGCCGAAGAUGCGACUCCGCUGAGCCUCGACCAGGUCAAGGUUGGGUCUUCUUGGUUGGGUUUCAUCAACAAUAUUGUUGAAGAUUGCCUCUGGGUGAAUCUGUCGCCUAAUGUCCGUGGCAGGCUGCGUGCCAUCGAUCUCACUGACGAUCUGUCUCUCUUGGCCGAUAUUGAGAAACACUUCCCCGUUGGCUCUGCGCUGAAAGUCAACGUCACUGCCGUCGACCUUGAAAAGGGUCGCCUCGACCUUUCCGCUAAGCAGAAUUCGGGUCAGCUAGACUUGGCUAAGUUGUCUGGUAACGUCCUCCCUGGACGCGUCACGAAGGUCUCUGAGAAGCAAGUCAUCAUGCAACUCAGUGACACUGUUGUUGGUGUCGUUUCCUUGAUCGAUAUGGCAGACGAUUAUUCCAAGGUCAACACCGCAAUGUACAACAAGAACGACGUCCUUCGUGCCUAUGUUAUUGGAGUAGAUGCCAACAAAAAGGUGGCGCUCUCCCUGCGGCCUUCGAAAGUUCUCAGCUCGUCUCUUCCUGUUCAGGAUCCGGAGAUAACGUCAUUGAAGCAGCUCAAGUUGAAUGACAUUGUUCGCGGUUUCGUACGAAAAGUUGCUGACAAUGGGCUGUUUGUGACUCUUGGACAUGGUAUCACAGCCUACGUUCGCGUAUCUGACCUGUCAGAUUCCUAUCUCAAAGAGUGGAAGGAUGAGUUCCAGACAGACCAGCUCGUAAAGGGAAGAGUCAUUCUCGUGGACCCGGAAAACAACAGAGUGCAUCUGAGUUUGAAGGAGUCUGUUCUUGAUCCUAACUAUAAGACUCCUAUCACCAUCCGCGAUCUGAAGCCAGGUCAGAUUGUGACCGGAAAGGUGCGGAAGGUUGAAGAAUUUGGUGCUUUCAUCGUUGUAGACGGCUCCGCAAACGUGAGUGGUCUCUGUCACCGCAGCGAGAUGGCCGAUCGGAAGGUCGAGGAUGCCAGAAAACUUUUCGAAGAGGGGGACGUUGUAAAAGCCAAGGUCCUCAAGGUUGAUCAAAAGAAGGAAAGGAUCUCGUUCGGACUGAAAGCAUCUUACUUCGGAGAACAGGAGGACGAUGAAGCUAGUGACGACGAAGAAGACAGUGAGGACGGCAUCAGCAUCGAUGGCUCGGGAGGAGUAGAUAUCGAGAUGGAUGAAGACGAGAGCGACGAGGAUCACGACGUCUCUAUGGGUGGUAUCGAGCUGGAGGACGCCAGCGAGAGUGAUGAGAGUGCAGACGAACAAUCACCUGCUAUUGAAAAGGACGGCUCUGGACUUGGUGGUUCCGGUGGUUUGGGCGACAGUGGCUUCGAUUGGAGUGGCAACCUCGAUGGGGAGGAUGAGAAGACAGCCCCAUCAGACUCCGGCGACGACCAGGCCACGAAGAAAAAGAAGAAGAACCGUAGGCCCGAAAUCCAGGUCGACCGCACCGGAGAGCUGGAUGCUCGUGGCCCGCAGACUGUGGCUGACUAUGAGCGUCUGUUGCUCGGAGAUCCUGAUUCGUCGCUGUUGUGGCUCCAAUAUAUGGCAUACCAGAUCGAAUUGGGCGAAGUCGAGAAGGCGCGAGAGAUCGCAGAGCGUGCCCUACGAUCCAUCAGCAUUGGCCAGGACACUGAGAAACUAAACGUCUGGGUAGCGCUGCUGAACUUGGAGAACACGUACGGCAACGAUGACACUCUCGAAGAGGUCUUCAAGCGGGCGUGCCAGUACAAUGACAGCCAGGAUAUCUACGAGCGCAUGAUCAGUAUCUAUAUCCAGUCCGGAAAGAAUGAUAAAGCCGAUGAACUCUUCCAGACUGCCUUCAAGAAGAAGGUCUUCCAGUCCGCUGUUAACUACCAUAACUAUGCCAACUUCCUCUUCGACACCAUGGCUGCGCCAGAGCGUGGUCGCGCCCUGCUUCCUCGUGCCCUCCAGGCUCUUCCCUCCCACACUCACGUCGAUAUCACAUCCAAGUUUGGCCAGCUCGAAUUCCGCUCACCCAACGGAGACGUGGAGCGUGGUCGUACCGUGUUCGAAGGUCUCCUGUCCUCAUUCCCGAAGCGUGCUGACAUUUGGAACGUCCUUCUGGAUUUGGAAAUCAAGGCUGGCGAUCAAGAGCAGGUGCGAAGAUUGUUUGAACGAGUACUCGGAACACGCAGCACCAAGAAAGGAGCUGCUGCUGCUCCAGCCGAAGGAAGCAAGAAACUCAAACCCAAGCAGGCCCGGUUCUUCUUCAAGAAAUGGCUCGCCUUUGAGGAGAAGCUGGCCGAGGAACGCGGCAAUGAAAAGAUGGUUGAGGAGGUCAAGGCCAGAGCUGCGGAGUACGUCAAGUCUCUGCAGCAGGAAUAAAUCCUUGUACAGUUGUGAAUUUGCCGUGUCACGGAAGAUACAAAAGUUUCUGGGUCUAGAUGCACAUGGGUGUUGUGGAGCUGGGAUUGAAUAUAUUGUCUUUUUCAUAACAGUGUUAUAUAGACAUUUGUCUGAUUUAAAUGAGAUACCAUCCAUCUACUAUCUUGACAGAAUUUUCUUUCACUUGUUCUUCGGUGCAAUGGCGUAGUUUCUGUACAUUAGACGUAUCU